AUGGCGCGUUUCCAAAUUUCACAAACUCCUGGGUUCACUAUUUACCCAUUUUUCACAUCGAUUCUAGAGGUAUUUCUUUUAUGUAUCGCAGGUUACAUACUCGCCUGGCGCCGUAUCAUUGACAAGCCCACUCAACGCGUGAUCAAUCAUAUCAACAUCUCCCUGUUCACGCCUGCCUUGUUGUUCUCCAAAGUCGCAUUCUUCCUAAGUCCAGCAAAACUCAAGGAACUAUGGGUUAUUCCAAUUUUCUUUAUGGUGGUCACGGUUUUCUCUGCGCUCGUGGCCAGAGUCCUUUCGAGGAUCUUUGGACUGAAGAGAUCUCAUCGUAACUUCGCUAUGGCCGCUUCGAUGUUCAUGAAUUCAAACUCACUACCCAUCGCUCUGAUGCAGAGCCUCGUGAUUACUGUAGAUGGCCUUAAAUGGACCUCAGACGACAACACGGACGCCAUGUUGGGUCGUGCACUCACGUACCUCGUACUGUAUAGCACUCUUGGGAUGAUGCUUCGCUGGAGCUACGGCGUGCGUUUGCUUGCCUCUGCAGAUACUCCGCCUACACCAACCUCUCCCCGUUCGCCCCUACUUGCGGCUGUGCCAUAUGAUCCCGAAGGAGCCCAAUACGCUGAUAAUGCAUCCUUAUCAGAUGAGACGACGCUUAGCGAGCAUCAUUCAUCCAGGUUCCAGCCCACGAGUCCUUCUCAUCACUGGCAAACUCAGGUGCAUCCCACAAGCCCUUCACAUCACUGGCAAACCCAAGCUCCUAGCCAAGCCGUAUUCGUGACUUCGCCUCUCGGUGACACAGAUGACAAUGAUCAAGAUACAACGUGUAAGAUUCCUACCUUCAUCCAAGAGCCUGCAGGCCAUAUCCAUGGACAGCUACGUCCGCACCCCUUGCCAUCGCACCUUCACCUGUCGCCAUCUCGCGUACCCCAACGGUCGUCUUCACUUUCGCAUUCACGCUCCCCACACUCCCCGCACCCAUCACGGAACACAGCUAUAUAUCAUUCAUUCCCAAAUUCACCUGUGCGGGAAGAUGCACCUUUGGCCUCGGACAGCGUCACACCCGCAGACUCAGAGGAUGGAAUAGAAGACGGGGCAGAAGUUACGAGUGAAAAUUUCCGACAUCGUCGACACCGCACUGGUCUCCAACACGUCUGGAAGUCCACCAGAAAUGCAUGGCGCCAUGUCAACGCGUUCAUGACAAUGCCUCUAUGGGCUUCCCUACUUAGUCUCGUCGUCGCGUGUACUCCGCCGCUCCAGUCUGCGCUUGAACGCAUGGAACCGGUAAAAGGCGCGCUUGGUGCUGCAGGCAGCUGCAGUAUACCACUGACGCUUGUGGUGCUUGGGGCAUACUUCUACUCCGAACCUCCCGAGGAUGACAUGCAAAAUGAAGAUCUGACGGACUGCGAGACAGAUGAGACAAGGCAGGACCUCGGGCACAACAAAUCUCGUACCUCACUGCUCAGUACCCUUCAGGAGAUGCUUGCAGUUAAACGUGUACAGCAGCCGCAGCUCCAGACGCUUGGGGAAGGCAAGACGGUGUUCGUGGCAGUGCUUGCAAGGAUGGUAGUCGUCCCAGCUGUGAUGCUUCCUGUGUUGGCGAUUCUUGCUCAGCUUGAUAUCCAUGAUGUCUUUGCGGACCCCGUGUUCGUGGUGUCAAAUGUACUCUUGAUAGCAAGUCCACCGGCUCUGACGCUCGCGCAGAUAACGCAAGCAGCCUCGAACGACUCCUUUGAGAGGCUAAUAUCACGGACAGUUUUCUGGUCGUAUUGCAUCCUGACCCCACCAAGCACAAUUUUAGUUGUGGUUCUGGGGUUAUUGAUCACAAAGUUGUGA